AUGAAGAGUAACCAUCGAGAGUUGAAGAAGGAGAAGGAUCGCUUCAAAGGAUCAACGGGGGCGGGUGUUGGCGUGGGUGUUGGUGCGGCUGGCGCUCCUAUUGGAGGUGGAGUUCCCGAUUCCUACUUCCUUCGCUACAACCAAGUCACAGUUAAAGAGAUCCCCCUUACCAAAUCUCAUUUCCUAGACGCCUAUUGUAAAGGGAAAUGGAACCUUUCUCAAGUACCCCAACCUCCAUGUUUUGAAUCAGGCGGGUUCAUGGAACCUCCACUAUGUUAUAAUGAAGACUCAAGAUAUAAAGUCGUGGAGAAGUAUAUGAAUCUUCCCCAUUGGAACGAUAAGAAAUUGUUUAAAAAAUUGUUUGGUCAAUUGAAAAGACAUCUAGAAGUAUUAGGAAUGUCCGUCUCCUUAGUAAAGGGGUCCAAAACCUUCAUAAAAUAUGAAACCAUGUUAGGCUUAACAGAUAUCCCCCGGUCGGCAUCAAUUGAUGCCCAUGCUUUACUUUCCCAAGGAUAUUUUCUACUUUUAGACGCUUCAAUGGACUGGAGAACGGCUAGAAACCCUUUGGUUAAUGGUCCUCCUCAUAUCAAAUUCUAUUGUGGAGUUCCCUUAAUCAUUGAUAACGUUAAAAUAGGAAUAUUGGCAAUCUUUAGUCCAUAUCCUAAAACAGAAUUUGAUUUGGAUGGUUGCAGAAAGUUACAACUUUUGGCCUCACAAGUAAUAAAUACUUUAACCACAAAUUAUGAUGAUAUCGUGGCCAAAAAUACUUCCAAAUCUUCCAUUCCAAAAACUCAAUUCAAUAAUGAAUUGGCAGAACUAACCUUAAAAUUGGGAAGAGCAACAAGCAAAGGUUCAAAUUUGACUUUAAUUGAUAGAGAUGGAUCUGGUGGUCCCUAUUCUCAAAGUGGCUCUUUUAGAUUCACUAAACUUUCAAAUCUAUCACCAAGGGAUUCCAAAAACCUUAUUGAUAGUGAACUUGUUAGAAAAUUGGCUUAUCAACUGGGAUCUUUGAAAAAAGCUGCUUUGAAUGUUACCAAAUUGAUUGCAACCAAAUAUUCUCUUGAUUUUGUUUAUGUGAUUGAAGUUAGAAUUGCUGAUCCUUACCGAAUUAAAGCCAAUUGUUUUCCCCCGGACCAAAAUAAAAUUGAAGCUGAAAAUUAUAAAUAUGCCAAAGACUUAAUUAAAAUGCCGGGGCAAGAUUAUGAUUUCAUGUCGAGGGUAGUUGGUUCAUAUGCCAAUGAGAAUCCUCAAGAACCUUUACAAUUUGAGAAACAAUUGCAUUAUAAAGCAUUUGUAUCUGAGUUUGGAAUCCAAGUGAAACGUCAAUCAAAGCAUAAUAAACGUGAUCCUAGAGGUGGUGGCUACUAUUCCACGGGCACACUAAUUCCAUUCCAUCGUCAAGGUUCAAAGUUACUUCGAAAGUAUCCAAUUGGAGGGAAUAAACAUAAAACGGAAGAUCCAGAUCGAUUGAUAGAUAUUUAUCUUCGAUCAGGGGGUCAUCUUAUUGGGCUAUUUUGUAAUGCCAAUAAACCAGAACUUUCGGUUGAUCAAAUAUGUGAUAUCUUUAGUACCAUAUCUGUUCUUCGAAGAAUAUAUAUUACCACAUAA